UAACAGGUACGAGGUGUUCAGGUGCUUUGCGAUCAAUGCAAGACAUGGAUUCGUUCGCCGGUCGAUACGUUUAUUCGCUGUGAUUCACUGGAUUUUGAGGUGGAGGAAUCAAAAAUUCUUCCGCAACAGUUCACGGCCAUGAAAUAUGCGUCCAUGUGGCCAUCGCAUAUGGAUACGAAAGCUCAUUGGUUUCGGCACCAUUUCAUUGGCAAACCUUACUUUACUUAUAUCGGCCCGUUAUCUUCUAAACAGGAUGGCUCCAGUUCCCGGGGAACUAGACCGUCAAGCGGCACCAAAUCAGGAGUAAGCUCCACCGGUGCGAUUCCCACUGCUGGUCAGGGAGACGAAAAUGAAACCAUUAUUACCAUUGUUCAAGAGCGUGCCAAAGACUUUGGUGGCCCGGGCAAUGCCGCGGCUUCUGUGCUGGGAUCACAGUACCGUAUUAUUAUUCGCAGUAAAAAUCAACCUACAGGACGCUGCAUUAUCCAUGAAUCCAUGGCGCGGGAUACCGUUACGCACUUGCACACAAUUAAACAACACCAACGACUGAAUUGCAGUCGCUCUGAUCAGCGACGCAGUCGAUCUUUGCGCAACAGUAUGUCGGGAGGUUCGCCCAGUUCAUUUUUGAAUCGACUGAUGCGUGCGGCGAUCUUGUAUCAGUGCCCUGGUUUGGAUAUGCGUCAAUUCAAGGAACUUUCUGCAGAAACCGUGAUCAUGUCGGGUCUUGAAAAGGAGCUUUUGCGUUUCGAUGAGAUCGGUGUUCCAAAGAAUUACAAGUUUGGUGUAUUGACGGUGAAUGAGGGUCAAACAACAGAAGAGGCGUGGUUCUCUAACCGGGGAUUGUCCGAAAAUCUUGACAACUUCCUUUCCAUCAUUGCUCACCAAGUGACACUGAAAGGGUAUUCUGGGUAUGCAGCCGGUUUGGAUACCAAAACUGGAGAAUCUGGUGACAUUUCUUAUGCCACCCGUUGGCGAGAUAACGAAGUCAUGUUUCAUGUCGCACCAUUGAUGCCUUCUCGAGAACACGAUAAACAGCAAAUUCACCGCAAAAGACAUUUAGGCAACGAUAUUGUUUGCAUUGUAUUCAUAGAAGGCAAUCAAUCAUUCGAUCCAAAAGCCAUCCGGUCACAGUUUCUACAUGUUUACAUUGUAAUCCACCCAGAGAAUAUUCAAGGAAAGCGAGCAUGGCGAGUUGAAGUGGUGCGAAAUAAGAAUGUUCCUGAAUUUGGACCUGCUAUUCCCAGUCCGGGCUUAAUUUACGACGAAGAAGAAUUGCGUGAAUUUCUCAUUCUAAAACGUAAGUCACAGUCAACCAGCAUUUUUUUUGCAACGGAUCCUCGCUUAUUUAUAUGCUGCUGUCACAGUGAUUAACGGAGAAAAUGCUGCUUUGAAAUCUGAAAAGUUCGCGGUGCCAAACAGCAAAGCGCGUGCGAGUCUUUUGCAGAAUCUUGUAAGCA